AUGCCACAACGCCCACCAACGCCCGCUGGCGCUAGGCAGCCAGGCGCUGAUGACGAAAAUGUAUACAAGGCUAAAGAUCAGGUGGUGGUGUGGGAAAGCGACAAAACGGACUGGACUGCUGGCAAGGUGCUGAAAGCCGAAGGUUCGAGCGACGGUGCGCGAAGCUGUUCUGUGCAGUAUGGCCCGAAGAACAACAUAGACACGUUCAAGUGGGAGAACAUGCGCUUGACGCAUAGGGACGGCUGA